AUGUAAAAGAAAUACAGGCAAAACCCAUUGGUCGUUAUUGUUAAUUUGUUACUGUCGUCGUCAAAGAGAAGAAGAGGUUUGCUCUAUAAAAUCUGUACAGGAUUAGUAAAAUGGAAAAUAACCAAAUUGAACUUGGUGAUGGGGAUGAUAGUAGCGGAUCACUAUCAUACCAUGAUAUUUCUGAUCAUGAAGAUGAUUCUUCUGAAUUGUCUGAAGAUGAACAAAUAAACAACAUUGAUGAUAUUCCAGUGCCAGAGGAGGAUAACGCUGAAGGUGAAAACCUAGUCGGUGAUCAUCUUUAUCUAGGCGCCAUGGAAGAAGUUAGAGGAAGAACUCUCCUAGAUGAAGAUAGCAUUGUUGAAAUGCCUGUAGUAGUCCAAGAUGGAUUGAUAUGUGUUCCAGGACAGAUCCUUCCCUUAACAAUAUCACAUCCUCAUAUUAUAGCAAUGAUGAGACAGGUAAUUGAAGGCAACCACAUUUUUGGCAUACUGUCUUUCAGGCCAUUUGAGCCACACAUAAAUAAUGCAAAGUACAAGAUUGGAGCGACAGCCGAAAUCUAUGAAUAUGGAGAAGAGGCAGAGGGUUUUGAAUCGGGUUUCGGCUUCAGAAUAAAAGCCAGGAUACGUCAACGUAUAAAAGUUAUUCAAGCUCGAAGGCAAAUCGAUGGAAUUAUCAUUGCACGGGUACAGAUUCUACCCGAAAUGGAAGUGUCUGACUCGCUAUAUUGCUGCCGUUCGUACAGCAUAGAUAAACAUCGACUGUCUCCGGCAACCUCGUCGAAUAUUUCUAUUGCGUCCUUGCUAUCCAAAAAACGAAUCUAUGACUUGCAGUAUAAAAUACCCUAUUCCAUCUGGCCUUCAUGGGUUCAUCGUUCGUAUGAUCUUCAAUUUGUAGCACAGCGCGUGCUUCUCGAGCUGAGAACAUCGAUUUUUGUCGAUGUCGGAUCCGGGUCAAUCGUCCCUAGAAAUCCAAUUGAUCUUUCGUAUUGGGUUAUUCAAAAUUUACCACUGGACGAUGACCUCAGACUUCAGCUCCUGAGUAUUAAUAAUCCUAACCAGAGAUUGCGGGCAGAACUUUCAGUCCUUCAACGAUGUGAAUUUCUGUGUUGUCGAGAGUGCGAUUAUGCCGUUGCUCGCCAAACGGAUGUUUUUGCCAUGUCAAAAGAGGGUCCGCAGGGCGUCUACGUGAAUCCUUUUGGACAUGUCCACGAAACUGUUACUGUUCAUCGCGUCGAUGGCUUGUCUGUCACUACACCACCAUCAACUGAAUUCAGCUGGUUCCCUGGUUACGCGUGGUCAAUCGUCGAGUGCUCCUAUUGUCACAGUCACAUGGGCUGGCUGUUUACUGCAAACGAUCGUCACUUGCAGCCAGCAAGCUUUUGGGGAUUAUGCCGAAGAUCUCUUAAGCCAAGACUGAAAGCGAAUGACGAAAGCGAAUUUGUUGUUGUCGUGUAAAUCAAGAAAAAAAAAAAAAAAAAAAAAAAAAAAAAGA